GAAGUUUCCGCACAUCUCUUCGAGUUUUUCGUGAAUUUGUGAUAUUUCCCUGUGAAUUUCCAACAAAAUGUCUUCAGAGAACGAGGGCAGUGGCACCAAUGAUGGUCACAACACGUCUGAUGACGAUGCAUCGCGCUCACCAAAGCUGCAAAUCGAUGGAAAUGCUUCUGAUGGCAAAUCGGAUAAGUCUGGUGACUCCCCAAGGUCCUCUCGGUCAGGAACUCCACACUCUGGACAAGGUUCUGUGCGCUCCAGAUCUCCACACUCUGGAACAGGUAGUCCACGGUCUGGUGGGAGUUCUCCACGAUCCCCAAGAUCUCGCAGUGGUUCUGCUUCGCCACGAUCGGGAAGGAGUUCUCAGCGAUCUGGCUCAGGAAAGAGCACUCCUCGCUCUCCCCGGUCUGAGAAGAGUGGUUCAAGAUCACGCAGUGGCUCGCCGGCAGGAUCAAAGUCUCAAUCUCCAGACAGAGCGCGCUCACGAACGCCAAUAUCCGAUGAGGAGACAAUCAUGAAAAAUCGCAAGAAGGCAUCAGCUCUGAUUGACUCGGAUAGUGAAGAAGAUGAGGCUCCCAAAGCCGAUGCGGCUCCUGAAGUGUCCGCCACGAAGCUUUUUGGUGAUGCUGAUGAUAUCAGUUCAGAUGAGGGCAGCAAAUCUGAUGGUGAGAAGCGUUCGGACAGAGAGAAAUCGCCAUCGCCGGAAAACGAGGAGCGUCAGUUCAUCCGGUCGGAAGAUGAGGAGAUGAAGAGUGAUCAGGAGGGUGGCGAUAAGGAGACCGAACAAGAGCCUGAGCCUAUCAAUGAGACGAGGAUUGACGUGGAAAUCCCGAGAAUCAUGUCUGAUCUCGGGAGAGACAUUCACUUUGUCAUCCUGCCGAAUUUCCUGUCCGUGGAGACGCGCCCAUUCGAUCCGGAGACGUACGAGGACGAGAUUGACGAGGAGGAGACACUGGACGAGGAGGGAAGACAGAGGAUCAAGCUGAAGGUCAGCAACACCAUUCGAUGGAUGGAGAGAUUCGGCAAGGAUGGCGAGAGGAAGCUGGACUCAAAUGCGCGCAUGGUGAAGUGGUCAGACGGAAGCAUGAGCCUUCAUCUGGGCAAUGAGAUCUUCGACGUGUACAAGCAGCCUUUGCAUGGCGACCACAAUCACUUGUUCAUCCGCCAGGGCACGGGUUUGCAGGGCCAGGCGGUCUUCCGGACGAAGCUCACCUUCCGGCCACACUCUACGGAGUCCUUCACGCACAAGAAGAUGACCAUGUCGCUGGCGGAUCGUCUGCAAAAGACCAGCGGCAUAAAGAUUCUGUCGCAAGUGGGCCCGGAUCCGGAUCAGGAUAGGCAGUACUUCCUGAAGAAGGAGGAGGAGAAGCUGCGACAGGCGCUGCGCCAGAAGACACACCACGUGAAGCCCAAGCGAGGCAGGGAGUCGGGUAAUCUGACGAGCUCCUACAGGGAUCACGAUGAGGGAUCGGAGGACGAGGGCGGCAUCUCGAUAGCGGCGAUAAAGAACAAGUACAAGAAGGGAAAGGCGCCGCUGGAGAAAGGUGGAGGUGCAGGAAUUUACUCCUCGGACGAGGAUGACUCGGACUUCGAGGCCAGACCCAAGAAGAGCAACAAGAGCAAGGCUGCCCUCAAGGAUUCCGACGAGAGUGAUUCGGACAAUGGCGCAAAUCAAGAGGCUGAAGAAGACGAAGAUGAGGCGGAAGAAGAUGACAAGAACGAUGAUGAUUAGGCUUCUUGCUCUUUAAUAAAUAUUCCUGGACUUCUAUCUAA